CUGUGCAGCAAAAUGACACAUAAGGAUACUGCAGCGGCACCCUGACCCUCUCCCUCCCUCUCCUCUCCCCUCCCCUCUCUCUCUCUCUAAGCCCUCCUAGAGAGAGAAAGACCCAGUAGGAAGUAGAAGCAGAAGCAGGAAGGAGGAGGAAGGAGGAAGGAAGGCAGGGGGGUGAGACAUGGACGCGAACGAGGCGACCUCCAUAGUGCUGUCCAAGAUCAGGGGCAUAGACCCGGAGAACGCGUCCAAGAUCAUGGGUUACCUCCUCAUCCAGGACCUGACCGAGAAGGAUUUGAUACGCCUGGCGUUCGGCCCGGAGACCCUCCUGCACAGCCUCAUUCUCAAGGCCAAGACCCAGAUGGGACUUUCGUCGAGCGCCUCGCCUGCGCCUUCCGCCAACCCUCCCCACCACCCCUCCCUCGCCGCCCCCGCCAUUUCCAUCCCCGCCAGCCAUGGCACCGCCAGCGCCCACGGGCUGCCUCAGUCCUCCCCCAGGAUCACUCCCCGCGGGGACUACGAGGUCGGGAAGGGGCCCUUCUCUGGGUUCGCCGGCAGCGUCGCGAGGCAGAACUCCAGCCCUUCGCUUCCUUUUGAGAGCGCUCGUCCUGGGUCGUAUUUCGCUUCCUUGAACGGUAGCAGCAGCAGCGGCGGCGUGAACGCUGGCGGUGCGAGCGAUUUCAUGGAGGAUAACAAUCAACUAGGCGAUUACUUUGCGUUCCUCAACGAUUCGUCCAAGUCCGGCGAUGCUUUCGAGAUGGGGUACAAUGCGGAUACGCAUUUGCACAGGAGGAGUUACUCCGAGAGCGACGUGGGCUUCGGCUGCGGCGGCGAGGACGCGUGCUUCGGGGGCGGGUAUAGGCCGUGCCUGUACUUCGCGAGAGGCUUCUGCAAAAACGGGAGCAACUGCAAGUUCCUCCACGGCGACGAUUUCGAAGGUUCCGUGAACUUCGUCGGUUCGCCGAGUAAUUUUGACGCCGAGGAGAUGAUGAGGCUCAAAGUCGCUCACCAGCAGAGGUUAGCCGCUGCUUCGCAGUUUUUACCUGGAAUUUCCCCAACAUCACAUGGCAAGUACAUGGCUUUGCUUAUGCAGCAGCACAGUGAAACCCAGAGGAUGGGGAUACCGGGGGUGGCGAUGGGAGAUGAAUUUUAUAAGUACGGGCGAUACCAAGUGGAGAGGAACGAGUAUUUGGCUAUGGGGUUGGCGGAGAAGGCGAACUCGGCUUCGAGACAAAUUUAUCUAACAUUCCCUGCAGACAGCACUUUUAAGGACGAAGAUGUUUCUGAUUAUUUUAGCAAUUACGGACCAGUUCAAGAUGUCAGGAUUCCUUAUCAACAGAAGCGAAUGUUUGGAUUUGUGACAUUCGUCUACCCAGAGACUGUAAAGCUCAUACUGACGAAGGGGAACCCUCAUUUCAUAUGUAAUUCACGUGUACUGGUCAAGCCCUACAAGGAGAAGGGAAAAAUUCCAGAAAAGAGGCAACAACAUCAACAACAGCUAUUCGAGAGAGGGGAGUUCUCGCCUUGUUCAAGUCAUUCGCUGCUUGACUCAGGAGAGUCAUAUGACCAUCUUGCAAGGUCAAGAGUAUUCCAUAAUCCACAAGAGAUGGUGAUUAGGCGGAAACUAGAAGAGCAGGCUAAUUUGCAGCAAGCAAUUGAACUUCAAAGUAGAAGGUUAAUGAAUCUGCAACUCCCAGACUUGAAAGAUGAUGGAAUAUACCAUCACCUGCGUAGCUUUUCUGUUGGCUCUCCUGUUUCUCCGCCUAUUCAUCCUCAUACUCAGAUUAACCAUAAAGUCGUUAUGCCAUCUGAUGCCACUAACCAUGUAAAUGCUGAAGACUGCCGGAACAGCCCAGCUGCCACCAUCUCUGUGAUUGCUGCAACUGGUGAGCAGCAGCUACAUCAUUAUGACGUCAAUGCUGCGUGCGCUCAGGAUGUUGGCAGUGGUGAAGGCAAAAGUGAGAGCUCCAAACUCACACGCGGUGAUAGUCAGGGAAGCUUAGAGAAUAUACUUCCCGACUCGCCCUUUGCUUCACCGACAAAAUUUUCCAGUGCUCAUCUUUCGGACUUCUCUAAAUUGGCUGAUGCAACUGAUUUUACUGAGAGCUCUGGGAUCCCUGACAAUAAUGUUUCACUGACCUUGAGUUCUUCUGGUGACGGGUCUUCUCACUAAAUGAUUGGCCUAGCUAAGGUUUUUUAUUUCCCUUUCCCUAAGCAUUUGAUCCAUUAACAUGUAAAUAAUGAAGAUGGCCGUGGUCGGCAGGAUUUGUUGUCUAGAGAGUAGAAGCAAAUAGGAGGGAGACAUAUCUGCUAGAUUUAUAGCCCAAGCUUACCUGCACCUUAGAUUAGAUCCUCUGGAGAUGAUUUUGGUGAGACUCGGCGCCGUUAUCAUCAAUACAUACCGCUAACAGCACAAUACAUACUACUACUACAUCUACGAUACCUUAAGGGGACAGGUGAUUCGAUAGUAAUGUGUAGGUUCUCCCUAUUUUCUUCUAUGUAACCUCUGUGCAGGUGGGUGCAGGACCACACAGAACAGACAACUUCAUAGAACAGGCAGACAGUUGUAACUUUGGAUUACCUUUAAUUUAUACAUAGCUUCUGUUUCAAAAA